AAAAAACAACAGCAAAGGAAAUAGGAAUUGGCUCAAUAACCGCAACUACGUGCAUUAGAAGAUUAUUUAUGAGAAGGCGUAGGAGCAACCAGAACAAAUUAAAUAGCGUCCUUCAUGUGAACUUUUUGGUGUGCCAAAUUGUUCGCCAUCGAAGGGUUGGCUGACGACCAUAACAGUGGCUGACGGAACGACCGGUACAGAGAUAUGGCGACUCAUUCCAAGCGGAAGGUUGAAACAACG